GCUACAUAACGCUAUAAGUAUUCAUAUUGUGUCAACAUUUUGUCACAUAGUAAAUAUAGGCAAACACAGCGUUCUUCCUCAUAUUUAUAUGUAGGACUAUUAUCUAUAUACAUUGAAUUUAUUGACAAUUUCCGGAACUAAAUAUUUAUACACACUUGUAUGAUUCAGUUAAGAGCUAAUAAAUGUAUAGUGAGUGGCCUGUUGUUAUUUUUGUGAUGUACAUGUAUUUUGUUCGUGAGAAAAGGAAGACAUUGUUCUAUUGAUUGAAUGGAAUAUAUUGUUUCUAUUUUUAGAUCAUAUGUGCCAAAGACAGAGCGAUGCUGUCAAAUUGCAAUUAACCAAUAAAACCAUUGGAAGAGAACGCUCGAUUUCUCAAGGGACACUUAUAGUUAUACCCACAUGUGAAGUACAGAUGGUUGUUGAUUUUAAUUAGAACAAACGUGUGAUGUGUUUUUUCCCUGGAAAUAGUGUUUUAUUUUAAUGUGAUAUGAAGCAGAAACAUAUGCUACUGUGUCAAUUAUAAUAACUUCGGAUGGAUUGCAAGAAAUGCUUAUUUAUAACCCAUGUGUAAUUUGAUUCCGUUUUAUACUUGACAGAUAAACAUGAAGUUUAAGUUUAAAAAAUAAAAGUGAAAUAUAAUAGUACAGUGUUCCACAAAUUGGUUUGCACGUAUUCUGAUAGCAGCGGAAAAAGGGAGGGAAAAUGGAUUUUUUUACUAUUUUGUUUACGUUGGCAAUCGUCUGCGUGGUGUUUGUUUUGAUAUUUGGAAAAGAGAACAUAAAAACUCUCUUGGAAUCUUUGUUUAUUGAAGAAUCCACGGAAACUAUAGAGGUAAUCGAAGAAAAUGUAGAAAUUGCUUUGGAAAAAUUCGGCAAAAGCCCAAGGCCAAUAUGGUCUGAGAUGCAAGAGGUUCAGUCAAGUGGCCUUCUGAAGACAAUCACAUCACAUGAAACUCAACUUCAUGAGUUGAUGUUCGAAAUCAUCACAUCUGAAGCAACAUAUCUGAAAAGUCUGAAGGUGUUGGAUGAGGUUUUUGCUAAGUCGGAGGAAUUCAGCUCCAACGAGCCGGGCAAGUGUGUGCUUUCCAAGCAGGAACGUCACGUAAUCUUCUCUAAUACAGAGGAGAUACGAAAAACAAGCGAAAGGUUCCUGUCAGAAUUAACAUCAUCUUGGAAGAAAUCGAUUAAAAUGCUAGAUAUAUGUGAUAUUAUAACCAAACACGCCAACAGUAGUUUCUCGUGCUAUGUGAUUUACUGCAGCAACCAAGAAUACCAGAAUAGAAUUGCUACAACUUUAAGAAAAAGGCCUGAUUUUCAGAAUGCCCUUGCAACAUUGGAGAGGCACGAGACGUGUAAAUCAUUAACAUUUGCAUCAUUCCUCAUUUUACCCGUGCAAAGAAUACCUCGUCUGUUGCUCCUAGUAGCCGCUAUAUGUGAACGUGUAGAUAAAAUAGAUAACGAGCGGAAAAGGAUGUCAGAUCUUGUGGCAAAUGAAAAUCAAAAUAAUGAAAAAAGCAGCAUCAAGAAAUCGGCAAUGUGUGCAAUGAAAGCUUUGAAUAAAGUUGCAAGAAAGAGUGACGAUGCUGUAAGAAAAAUGCAACAGACAGAACAGAUGAUCGAGCUAGACAAAAAGAUAGACUUUCCUCUCAAUAAAAUGACAAAAAUUCCAUUGAUCUCAACAUCAAGGUUCCUGGUAAAACAGGGCACCGUUACAAAGAUUGUCAACGAGGCAGGCAAUCGUAAAAUCUUCAGCAGCUCAAAACCUAGUAAAAAGAUUCGACAUAUUUUCUUAUUCACCGACAUGUUGCUAAUUACAAAGAAAAAAGGCGAGCGUUACAAAGUCAUAGAUUAUGCUAAGCGUAACAAACUGCUUAUUGAAGAAAUUGACAGUGUUGAUAAGUAUACACGAGUACUGCCCCUUGGUGUUCCGAGCGGUUGCAGCAAUUUAUUCCUACUGGUUACACUGGAGAACUGUGAGAAGAAACAAGUGGAAGACGUCUUUUCCUGUGAUUCUGCGAGUGAUCGGGCAAGAUGGGUUGAAGCUCUAACACCAAUUAAAGUGACCGAGAAUGAACAGAUUUAUGAGAACUGGGACUGUCCACAAGUGAGAUGCGUUAAAAGAUACGUUGCUAAGGAACCGGAUGAAUUGACACUGGAACUGUCAGAUGUUGUCAAUGUGUUCAAAAAACUUAAGGACGGGAUGUUUGAGGGUGAGAGAAUCAGGGACGGUGAGAGGGGCUGGUUCCCCAGCAGCUGUACCACGGAAAUAGAAAACGAUCAUGUUCGAGCACGGAACACCCGUAUGAAAUAUAAACUUAUGUCUGCAACAGAGGAUUAUGGGAGUGGGAGAACAGUGCGUAUCAAGGAGACGACUGAGCGCAUACAGAAUACGGCCGUACUGAUCUGAAGUCUCACUUCGGGGCCUUAUUUCUAUGCUUAUAAAUAUGUGUAAUGUUAAAAGCAAUAUUGUACUGCCAGAAAUACCUACAUUUCGUAUUGUCCUGCCGAUGUUGCAUUGAACUGAAGUAGAAUAAUAAUUAUAUGAGCCACGCCAUGACAAAACCAACAUAACGCGUUUGCGACCAGCAUGAAUUCAGACCAGCCUGUAUACAUGCUGUUCGCUGAUAAACCCUAUAAAAAGUAAAGAAACUGAUAGCGAACAAUAUGGAUAUUGAUCAGACUGCGCAGGCUGGUCUGUAUCCAUGCUGGUCGCAAGCGCAUUAUGUUGGUUUUGUCAUGGCGUGGCUCAAAUUUGAUCAUAUUUUAUAUGACUGUAUAUUUUUGAAAUGACUGUAUUAUGACGAGUACCAUUAUUUGAACAAAUUCACUCAGGUGUAAUUGUUUUU